AUGUCUCAACCGCUAGAAUUGUUCAAGUUAAAGUUGAACUGUUGUAGUAUCUCGCAGUCCUCCACUGUGGCAUUGCACUCAGCAAGUGCUGAGCCAUACUUAGACGUACCUUCCAAGUCUCCACAAAUGCACGCCUUCGCAGGAAGCUCAUCAAUACCCCCUUUCGCAGACCUGGAAGACUCGCUCACAGGCCCUUCCCCAUUUUUUGCCUCCGCAGGAGGCUCAUCAACACCUUCUUUCGCAGGCCUGGAAGACUUGCUCAUAGGCCCUUCCCAAUUUUCCGCCUUCGUAGGAGGCUCAUCAAUACCCCCUUUUGCAGACACAGAAGACUCACUCAUAGACCCUUCCCACUUUUCACGACCCAUUGGCAGUUCACAUUACCUCCGACCCAAGAUGGGGCUUGACUUUGCAAUACCAGAAUUGCUGAAGCCAAAUAACAUUGAGGAAUCAGGCAUACAGGAUUCCAGGAAUGUCAAAAGGCACUCUACACCUACAACAAGUAUUGCGAAAAAUCCAGCUAGUGCCGUUGUUUUAGAGUCAGCUUCGAGUUCGGGAGUAACAAGUGGACCCCACUCAAUACCAAAGUUGUUGAAACCAGGAAAUAUCGAAGAUGUGGAAUCAAACACACAGGAUCCUGGCUUGCGCCAAUUGAUUAUCAGCAGACUUCAGAACAGUGGCGAUGGGCCCAAAGUUGAGGUAUUCUCAAACAUUUCAGAAGACGAUUAUCAAUAUGUUUUGAAUGCUAUUGGAUCUGACGAUAAACUGGUUCGCAAACCGUCAUACAUCCCCAGCCUUCGCCAAAUCGUCGCCACCACGCCCUCACCAAUACACGAGGUGAUCCUAGUGGCUUUGCGCACUGUGAUGGGGAAUGUCGUUGAUUCUUUCGUCAUUCCUGAUGAUUUCGAGGUCUCUCUACCUAUCCACAUGGGGUGUAUGCUAGAUGCGCCCGCUACUGCAGAACUCCCCUCCAGUGAUCAGAAGUACCGCCUUGGAAUACCAGACUUGUUAUUGAUGUUUCAGACGCGCGAUGCUGAUAUCCGUCCCUACUGGCCAUUUGAGGUCUCUGUUUCUCAGACAUCUGAAGGUGCCAUCACCCAGUUGCAAAAAUUCGCCGAUCAGAACGAGCACGUCUUGGCCACCACCCACAUCAACAUUGCCAAAACAUGGAAACACACCUUACCCACAUAUAAAUGGGGUAUCAAGAAUGAGCUUGAUCGGAGGGGAUCUCAUACGUGGUUCCACCCUGUAACGGUCACUGUAACCACGUGGAUUCGCCCUGCUAAGAGACAAUUGAGCCUGAAAUCGCGUCAUUCUACUUAUUAUGCGACCGCUGUACUCUACCCCAACCGAGAUGAGGAGGGCCUGGAGAAAGUUCAACAGAUGUUUCAAUGCACGCUUGAGAGAAUCCGUGAAGCAGUUCUUGAACACCUACACACUGAGCAUGCGCAUGACGAUGCACUCCUCAACUCACUCCAGGUUGUCCAGGAUUGGUCUCCACCAAAUGAGGUAGUUAACUGGAAGAAAUGCACCACACAACUGCGGCCAGCAGUGAAGCAGAUGGGGUUCGACCAGUACCGCUUAUGGCACCAUAACUUUCUCAAGCGCGUGGCUGAUGAGACCGAGGAUGCUGGAGCUGGACUGAGGAAGAAGAGAGGAAGGGUCGCAUAUGUUGUUUCGUAUGCUCUGACACCAUUGCUGUUCUUUGCCAAUCCUAUCCAGUUCUCACACAUCGUUAGAGAUCACGGACUGCAGAGAGUCAUCGCGAGAAGAACUGAAGGUGAAGCUUUUUCCUUGUCUUCGGCAUUGUCCACUGCAUGUCUUAGAGAGAAAUUGUAUGCUCAUGAAGUAUUCUCAUGCUGCGGUUCUGAUCCAAACUACCUCCAUCCGACCGGUUAUUCUACUCUUGACAGUCUCAAAGCCCAUCAGAAUAUGAUUUCAAAUUGCCAUUGGGUUCCAGAGAAGCUCAGGGUUGCAAACGACACAAGUCUUGCUGUUAUGGUUUCUCAGGAGUCUGAACUCGAAGACCUCAACGCAGUUGCUUCUCUCGAUAGCUGGCCUGCUAGAAAAGGAGGUGAACAUACUGGACAUCGAUUGUUGUGGGAGGUCUCUGAUGACUCUGAGGCAGGUGUAAUGACUACAGACCAAGUUAUUCUCGAUGUCUUGAACAAGAUAGGGGAGGACCCCUGGUUGCUCACUACCCAGUUGCAUGCUCAUACCUGUGGUCACCUGACUGAGUGUCUCUGCGAUAUGGUGGUGAUACCUAAGGACGACAAUGAUGACAAAGACCUGCUAAAGCUUAAGGAAGGCGGGUGGGAGUAUACUUUUAGGAUGCUCUAUAUCUGUUGCUCACGACAGUCUGCAAAGGUUCAACUUGGGAUAUCCAAUACACCAUUUCAUAAGCAUCAGGAAAAGGAGACUAUGCGACAAUAUAUCCUACCUAUAGUGGCCUUGCUUGCAAUGAUUAUACGCAGCGAUGACCAGAUAUUCAAGCGCAACAGAGUAUCACUUGUGUGGACUCAGCAUGGAGACUCUAGCAGUCCAAGCUCACAGCCUGAGAGCAGGACACAGGCACAGCAACAUCAGCGUCAACAUCAGCGUCAAGCACAAAAGGAGGACUAUGAACCAAAUGGAAAUGUUUGUGCUGACCAUGCUGGUGACCUAUUCACACUAACCUGUCCUGCAGGAGGCUCACAGAACCCUCCUUCAGAUGCCCAUCUGCAACUCAACAUAUCUAUCCCUAACCACAACGCUAAUGUCCAAAUGAACUAUGCCUGCCCUCCUCCAAGUGUUGGAGGCAGCUCAGCUGACUCCCCUGUGCAAAUGGCCUAUAUGCCUCUUUCCCGAAGUGCUCCACCUAGUGGUCCUGCUGCCCCCCUGAACCAAACCACUCCCGUCAAUAUGCUCAGGAAGCCAGCAGUGCUGGCUCCUCCCCACAAUGGGGCUUUUCUCAAGCUCCCACAAGCAACUGUGCAGUCAUUUGGCCGUGAAGAUUAUUCUCCGGCCUCUCUGGGAUCUAAUGAUUACGACCCACCUUUCGAUGAUGGCCCCCUCGCUCAUGGUAUGGAGGACCUUUGUAUGGACAACAUGGACGAACCUGCCCAGAUCGAAAAAGGCAUGCGGAAAGAAGUGACAGCUACCUUCCUCUCUCACUCUGUCACCUCCCAAGGCACCCCCUCCCCGCACCUCCAACCACGACAGUCGCAGCUCAUUCAAAUCCCACGUCAAUCACAUCAUCAUGUGCGAGAGCACUUCUUCCCCCACCUCUUCAUUGAAGGUUUCAUUGGAACAGUCCAAUCUGUCCUCCCCUUGGCAGCGUCUCCAACUUCCCACACAUUGUUCUCCGAGAGACCAAGCAGCAGGGAGUCAGUGAAGAAGCGUCUCCGAAUGGAGGUUCAGGAACAAGUUGAGAUGUUGAACGAUAACUUAGAGAGUGUGCACUCUGAGAAGCUCACCUUAUACCAGCUCAAGAACGAGUGCCUGAUGGUCAAGCUCAAUGCCAAUCACCAAGACAAGGAGCACCAUUUUCUAUGCGAGGAGCGUGCCCACAAGUGCGUGAAUGCCACGCUCAUCCAUCAAUGGCUGCAGGAGACCAAGGACCAGGAGAUUUGUUUAUCGGAAGCAGAUGUGAAGGCUCUUGAGUUAGAGAGGCAGGUGAUGCUCUUGCAUAUUGAAUAUGCCAAGAUCAACAAGCCAUGA